UGUGAUUCUUGUCGGUUGGGUUGCAGUGUUGCACCAGGUGUCACAUUGGGGGUCAGCGUGAUGCUCGUGAGUUGUAAAAGGUUCAUUUGGAUUUCAAUAUAAUUUUAUUGUCGGUUAUGUCCAGUUUUACGAAAGCAGCACAGCAAUGGGCCACAUUUGCCAGAUCAUGGUACUUGAUUGAUGCCAAGAUGCAGCCACCAGGAAAAAUUGCCACCAUGUGUUCAAUAAGACUACAAGGAAAGCAUAAACCUAUAUACCAUGCACUGAGUGACUGUGGAGACCAUGUGGUGGUGAUGAACGCAAGACACAUUGCAUUCUCAGGGAAUAAAUGGGAACAGAAAGUAUACUCCUCCCACACUGGUUAUCCAGGUGGAUUUAAACAAGUGACAGCAGCACAACUUCACCAGAAGGACCCCACAGCAAUUAUCAAGCUUGCAGUCUAUGGCAUGCUCCCUCGCAAUCUAAGCAGAAGAACCAUGAUGCAAAGGUUACAUCUCUUCCCAGAUGAUGUCAUACCUGAAGAAAUUCUUAACAACUUAACAGAAGAACUUCCUCAGCCCAGGAAGGUACCCAGAAGACUGAAUGAAUAUACUCAGGAGGAGAUUGAAGCCUUCCCCAGUCUAUGGACUCCGUUAUGACUGAUGGGAACUUGAACCCUGGCACAGCAGCAUAACUUAAUAUCAAAUAAACCUUUUAACUUUCAAAAGAACACCUAUAUUUUGUAAUUAUUAUCUUCCACGAGGUGUUCUGUUGAAGGUUAAAUCAGAUCUGGAUAAGCAUAUAUGCCCUUAUUUUAUUAUUUUGUCAGCAAGUUAAUAUAAAAAAAAAGAUAUCCUGUAGAUUAAAAAUGUUUGCUGGGUUAAACCUACAGAUAUGUAACCUGCAUGAUUGCUCUCUAGCUUUCAAGUUUAUUUGUAGAUUUAAACACACAAAGACCAAUAAAAUAAAUGUAAAAAGCCAAAGCUUUAGCUAGUUCAUGAUGACCUCAACAGAAAACAUCACAUUUUCAUUUUAUACAGUAGUAUAAUCACACUUCUUCCAUGAAUGCAAAAUACUGAAAACAGUAUAACAAAAAAUAAAAUGCUGCAGUUCAUUCUGUUUGGAAUUUAUUUGCCAUUCACUGAAUAGAUUUUGUUUUAAGUUGUCCUUUUUCAAGCUUUGCAGUUACCUAGCCACAUUCCCAUGUUGCAACACUUACUCUUUUGUUACACACUCUUUUGUCUACUGGGCACAUUCAAAUAAGAACACUCCUAAGGAAUUUGAUCCAUAAUAUUAAUAAUUUUUGUUUUGAAAAUAGAUACAUUCUUCACACUUAGCGGGAGAGGCUUUAGUAUAAUGGUAUUAAAGAUUGAAUGAAUGCAGCCAUGCAUCAAAACAUUCUACAGUAUAAAGAUACCUACCAUCUGCUCGCAGGCUGAUUGGCAGGCAGUUAUAUCAUGACAAUGACUCAAACCAUAUGGCAAAGUCAACGAGAUCAAAGUUCUGGAAUGGCUUUUGCAAUCACCAGGUCUAAAUUCAAAAUAAAUGUUUUGGACUGAUCUGAAAAAAGCUGUAGCCAAGCAUUGUGUAUCCUCUGUUAGUUUUAAAAGGAGAUUAUCAGAGGAGGCAUAGUAACUGGUAAAUGCGAGAUUGCAAGAUUUCAUUUAAUUGCACUGACGACGACCAUCUGACCGCUGGAAAAAACACAAUUGCACAUUGCUGGAGGAACCAAUGUAUUCAAGAGAUAACCUAGGUUAAGCACAAAGAUCAAAGGGCCACAACAGGGUAACACCAUCUUAGGCAACAUAAAGGACCAAAGGGCCACACCAAGAUAACACCAUCUUAGGCAGUGGAGGCAAAACCAGUUUUCUUUACGACACGUACAUGAGACUCUCCACAGGGGGUUGCCCGGGGUGAUUGAACCCACAAAGAGAAGGAAGGAGGUGGGGGCUGAGGUCGGUGGCUACUUAAUCAAGGUGCACUCAGCUCAGCUCACUUCAGUCUUUCAUUAAGACUAGUAUUGGAGACUUGUCGAUUGAGAAGUCCUGGAGGAUCAAACAUACAGUAUUGCAUUAUAUUAUUUUGUUCUGUUAUGUUUUGUUUUGAACUUAAGUUUUGCACCAUGCAGUUUGCAUAUGAAAGUGUGAUCUGUACUGUUUUGCUUUGAGCGUUCUUUUUGCUUCCGGAAUUAAACCUGUAUAUAUUGAAUAAACCAGACUAAUAUCUGAAGAAAA